GCUUGGAAACAAUAUAUACUGUGUUUAGAAAAGCUCUCUUGCAGGUCUAAAAUGGCUGACAAUACCAAGCUUCGGAUAGCAAUGUUUCCAUGGCUAGCUUUUGGUCACAUGAUUCCUUGGCUCCAGCUCGCUAAGCUCAUAGCUCAAAAAGGUCAUGAAAUCAUCUUCAUUUCCUCCCCUAGAAAUAUUGAUCGCUUACCAAAACUCUCUCCAAAUUUAGCUUCUUUCAUUCACUUUGUUAAACUUCCCUUACCCCAAGUAGAAAAUCUCCCUGAAUACGCAGAAGCCACCAUGGAUCUACACUACGACAACGUUUGGUACCUAAAACAGGCAUACGAUCGUCUCCAAGAACCCAUGAAACACUUACUCCAAUCUCUUUCUCCCGACUGGAUUUUUUACGAUUUUACAGCUUAUUGGCUACCAAUUAUAGCCCGUCAACUCGGUAUCCCCCCAUGCUUCUUCAGUAUAUUUAAUGCGGCGGUUCUCGAUUACCUUGGGCCGCCAUCCGCCUUAAUCAACCGUACUGAUCAUGACCUCAACACACCUGAAGAUUACACGAGACAACCCAAGUGGGUCCCUUUCCCAACGACCGUGGCGCUUCGCCUCUUUGAGGCGAGAAGGAUCUUCCAUGGAAUAACUGGAGACGAAUCAAAUGUCUCUGAUUUUUAUCGUUUUGGUGAAACACUCAGAAGCUGUGACAUUAUCACUAUAAGAAGCUGUGUGGAUUUCGAACCUGAAUGGUUGAAAGUUUUAGAAGAUAUUCACCAAAAACCCGUUAUUCCGGUCGGCCAACUCCCCACCACGGCGGAUGAUGCUAGGGAGGAAACGGAUACGUGGAGGUGGAUUAAAGAAUGGUUAGACAAGCAAGAAAAAGGUUCAAUAGUGUAUGUUGCAUUCGGUAGCGAAGCACAACCGAGUCAAGAUGAACUCACUGAGAUAGCUUUUGGGUUAGAGCUCUCAGGAUUACCCUUCUUUUGGGUGCUCAAGAAGCGACUCGGACCAGCUGACACUAAGUUGAUCGAGUUACCAGAUGGGUUCGAGGAACGAACAAAAGGGCGUGGAGUGGUUUGCACGAGUUGGGCACCCCAACUCAAGAUUUUGGCUCAUGAUUCAGUGGGGGGUUUCUUGUCUCACUCUGGGUGGAGCUCAGUAGUUGAAGCGCUUCAGUUUGGAAGAGCUCUUGUGUUGUUAACUUGCUUUGCGGAUCAAGGGUUAAUAGCUAAGCAAUUAGCAGAGAAAAAGAUUGGGUACGUGCUUCCUAGGGAGGAGGGAGACGGUUCGUUUACGAGGAACUCAGUGGCGGAAUCACUGAGGCUUGUUGUGGUAGAGGAAGAGGGUAAAUUUUAUAGGGAGAAAGCCAUGGAGAUGAGAGGUUUGUUUGGGGACAGGGAUAGACAGGAUCAGUACUUGGAUAAUUUCCUGAAGCAUCUUGAAUCGCACAGAUGUUUAAAGCAAGAAUAGGUGAUUUAUGCCAAUUAAGUGUCAAGCUAGUUGUUUGUAUUGUACUUUGUGUUUUGAGAUUGAUUGGGGCGAAGUUAAUCAUCAUGAACCGCAGAUUGUGUAGU